UCUAUCCACUUAGUCUGUGUCUACUGGUGGUCGAGAGCAAAAGUUGAGCUGUUCACCUUCCCCGCAUAUGAGCGGAUCCAAUUAUUCUGGCAAGGAACGAGAAUCAUUGGCGACGAGGAAGAACAACUCAACGAUGCGUAACACAUGACCUGAAAAUUUAUUAGACGUUUUUCCCCCAUCAUCUUUUAUAUUGCUGUACUCCCCUUCUAUUCACAUUCUUCUCGUCGACCGGUCACUAUGUCUCUCACGGAAACCAAAAACCUCUCCUUCGUCCUCGAAGGCAUCAAAAAGGUCAAAUUCGAGGAACGCCCAAUCCCUGAAAUCAUUGACCCCUACGAUGUGCUCAUCAACGUCAAAUAUACCGGAAUAUGUGGCAGUGACGUCCAUUACUGGGAGCACGGCUCAAUCGGCUCCUUCGUUGUCCGCGAACCCAUGGUCCUCGGUCACGAAUCAUCCGGCGUAGUGAGCAAAGUCGGCUCAAAAGUGACUACCUUAAAAGUCGGCGACCAAGUGGCCAUGGAACCCGGUAUUCCCUGCCGGCGAUGCGAGCCCUGCAAAUCCGGUAAAUAUCAUUUGUGUAUCAACAUGGCCUUUGCCGCUACGCCGCCGUACGACGGGACAUUGGCGCGGUAUUACAGGUUGCCCGAGGACUUUUGUUACAAACUUCCCGAGAACAUCCCCCUCAAGGAAGGAGCGCUGAUUGAGCCGUUGGGUGUUGCGGUGCAUGUUGUCAAGCAAGGUGGUGUAGUACCGGGAAAUUCAGUGGUCGUAUUCGGUGCCGGUCCCGUGGGAUUGUUAUGUGGUGCUGUCGCAAAGGCAUUCGGCGCAAGCAAGGUCAUUAUCAGCGAUAUCCAACAGAGCAGACUGGAUUUCGCAAAGAAGUAUAUUGCAGACGGCACUUUCCAGCCAGCCCGCGUAUCUGCAGAGGAAAACGCAAACCGUCUCAAGGAGGAGCACGACAUACUCGCUGGUGCUGAUGUUGUUUUGGAAGCAUCCGGCGCUGAACCUGCUGUUCACACCGGUAUUCACGCCCUUAGGACCGGAGGCACGUUUGUUCAGGCUGGUAUGGGUAGAUCAGAGAUUAAUUUCCCCAUUAUGGCAGUGUGUGGAAAGGAGUUGAACUUCAAAGGCAGUUUCCGAUAUGGAAGUGGAGAUUACAAGCUUGCUGUGGAAUUGGUGGCCACAGGCAAGGUCAGCGUCAAGGAGUUGAUUACGGGCGAGUUCAAGUUCGAGGAUGCCGAACAGGCUUAUAUCGAUGUUAAGGCGGGUAAGGGGAUUAAGACUAUCAUUGUGGGUUUGUAAUGAUUUUAUUGAUAUAUAGAUAAUCCAAGAGUGUUGGCAAUAAAGAUUUCAAUGAAAAGACAAAGUAAACCAACUGUGAAGGGGUAUAUGACAAAAUAAAAUAAACGAAUGAUAAACGCUGAACAGCAUCAAGCAGGAAACCGCUCCAGCCAAAAUAUAUAAACAUUCAACAACAGCCCCCUCGAGUCGAACCUGUUAUUCGAAAAACAUCCCCCCAUUCCCCAGCAGAUCCCAUCCAUGAACUAUUAUUACUUCGUUUGGCAUUUCUCUUCCUCCUACCGUGAAGUUGGCUAGCACUAUCAUCAACAGUCAACCCACUCCUCACACUCGCCGCAUCACUCGCCGCCAUCCCCCAGGCUCCAGAAUCACCAUACUGAAUCCCACUCUGCGGAUCAUCCGGAUCAAUCUCACCCAACUCGAUUUUGGUCAGUAUAAUCCUUGCGAGACGAGUAAACAGCUCUUCGACGUUCUGGCCUGAGAAUGCAGAUACUUCAACGGCCACGGGGAUGUUGCUGCGUGUUGCCCAUUCUAUAGCUUCGAGGUCACUGACUUGUCGACCGUGCGAGGCUUUUGUUGCUGUUAGACGAGUACCGGCUGUUGAGAAGUUUGUGCUUGUCACGGAACGGAGGGAGCCUGCUCCUGUCUUGCUGCUCGCAGCAUCGAACAUGUACAUGGAUGUGUUCCUGCUACUCGACACACUAUUCGCAAUCGACGUUGACGCUUCGUCUUCUGUUUCUUCCAUCUCGGUCUCAUCACCAUCAACCAAUAAAUCCGUCUUAUUCCCCGCCAAUAUAGUCGUAAGAUUCGGUGAUGCUAACGCCCUCGCAUCCAUUAAAAAUGUCGGUAGCGCCGCAAACGAGGCAUAUGACGAAACAUCAUAAACUAACACCGCGCC